AUGAAAUAAAGCCUGCUCUCAUUGGUCCUUUGAGAAUACGAAGGGUCCACGGGAUUCGAAUUUGCAGUUUUAACGUUUGUCCUGUCGCCCUUUCCCCACGCAAGCGAAGAAAAUUUCACCGUCACGGAACAAGACCAUUUGCAAGCGUUUGGUUUUAUAGCGAAAACAAUGAAUGAUGAUACUCUCACGUUAUUUGAACGAGUUUCCAAAAAGAUGGGCUGGACAGGGGAUGGUGGACUGGACAUUGCACAAAAGAAGCUGAUUAAUUUGAUUGGGAAGCGACGCUGUGACGCCACAAGUGGGAAUCCUUUUGUCGAAGAAUCAGUGUCGGCUACCCAUUGUCUGUCUGAGGAGGAAGACAAAGAGAACCAGCACUUCAAUGGCAAUGUACAUAGAAACCCUGUUUCGCUUGACCCCAGUGAUGAUGAAUUUGACCAACUCCUUGUGAGCUGGGCCACUCCAAAAACUAAAUGUGACCCGAAGAAACCAUGCAGUGCUGUGAAGACGGACCGUGUUUUGGCAGUAAGCUCAGAUGACGAUGAUAGUGGCGGUUUUGAAAAAUUCCUGCAACGUGUGAAAACUCCUGUGACCAAGCCCAAGAAAGUACCUGAGAGUGGAAGUGAUGACAGCCUUAAAGAUUUCAUUGUGGAUGACUCAUCAGGUGAUGACUUCGUUCAGACAAAAUCGUCCUCUCAAGUGCCGAAGAAGAGAAAUACUCCGGCCACCCAAAAUAAAUUCAGGAGACCACUGCCACCUUCAUAUGCCUCCCCGGUGUUUGUCAGUGACAGUGAGGAUGAGGAUGAUGAUCAUAGCUUCCUGACCACUUGGAGGACUCGACCCACAAAGCCAAGUUUUCUGCCAAAUCCUAAUGAGAACAAUGCAGUGUUUUGUGACCAAAAUGACAGCCUACCAUCCCUGUCUUUGCCUUCCGUCUCCUCGAUGUUUCCUCGGCCUUCCGACCGUACUACAAUAUCUCAGCUUUCUCCCAAGCGCACAUUUUCAGCUCCUUCCAAGCUGGAGAACUCAUCCGGUUCAGAAGAGGACUUCAUGUCCUUACUGGACAGGCUUAGAAAGAAGAACACAUUGAGCGGUGCCACGUGCACACCCAAGACCAACAAAGAAUUCAGUAAGGAUCCUCCGGUAUCACUUCCCAAGCAGAAGAUAGCAAAACCCAAGUCAUUAGGUGGAGAAACUUUGUAUCCAAAGACUCCUGGGAAAAGCACCACAGUAAAGCAGACACUGAGCCAGACGGAGCCCAGACACAGCUGCAUCAGCAGGCUCGCAUUGUGCAAAAUUCCAGGUUGUUUCUUGGAGUCUCUAUCAAACCCUGCCUCUGAUUAUUGCCGUUAUUUUAAGCAAAAAAAGGAAGAACUUACAACCAAACUGUACCAGAUGUACAACCGCAGUGUGUUUGAUGGAAAGCUCCCCAUCAGUAUGUCUGUGACUUGGAACAAAAAGAUGCGCCAAACAGCAGGCUACUGUGUCACUGGACAGAACCGAGGUGGAGGGGACCGUUACGCUCGCAUCGAACUGUCUGAGAAAGUCUGUGAUUCUGCAGAUCGCCUCCGGGACACUCUGAUCCAUGAGAUGUGCCACGCCGCGACCUGGCUGAUCAAUGGCGUGCGGGACGGACACGGAAGCUUAUGGAAGCUAUAUGCAAGGAAGUCCACCUUGGUUCACCCUGAGUUGCCGAUGGUGAAUCGCUGCCACAGUUAUGACAUCAAGUAUAAAUUCCAGUACCAGUGCAAUCGCUGUCAGAAUACAAUCGGGCGUCAUUCCAAGUCCUUGGACACUCAGAAGUUUGUGUGCGCACUCUGCACCGGUAAACUCGUCCUACUUGCGCCAUCCAAGCCUCGUCCGACGACACCGUUUGCCAAGUUUGUGAAAGAGCAUUAUGGGUCUGUACGCCAGGAGCUGGCAAAGCAGAGCCAUGCAGAAGUAAUGCGGAAACUCAGCAGAGACUUUGCCUCUAAGAAUAAACUGAGUGACUUUCAAAGUUCAGAACCCUGAGUCGUCACUGGAGUGAUUGCGCUCUAUGGCGAAUGGAGAAGAGGAAAGAGCGCCGCCAUGAAGGAAGCGUGUGUGGAACGCAAGUUAAGUUCAGACCGCAAGGAUUUUGAAAUCCACUGUAUACAUUUGUUGCUCUCUAACCAACAAAAUGGGCAAGCUUCAUAAAGACUCGUAAAGACUUUCCACAUUCUGCUGCCCACCACUUCACGGGGACUCUGCUUUUGUGAAUGCAUCCCCAACAGCAAAGCUUUUGGGGAAGACUAAAGAUAGGCAAUGGUUCUACAUAAAUUAGAAAUAGUGUGCUGAAGUCAUGGAGCUCAGCACACACUGAAGCCCCGACAUGAAGUCACUGUUUUUGUAAAUCAGGCUAACACAAAACUUG